CAAAAAAAAAAAAAAAAAAAAAAAAAUGUUCAAUGGUUUAAGAUCUGAACAAGACGCUUGGACAACUUGUGUUAAAGUCAUAUUGGGUCUAUUAGGUGUGUUAUCUUUAGUCAUGUUAUUAAGUCACUAAUUUUAUCUCUUUCCCUCCCCCCAAACCCCACUUUUAGAGGAUAGUUUGUUGAAAGGUGCUAUUCCUACAACAAAAAUUAAUUUUAAUGAAGAAAAUCGUGAAUGGUCAAAAUAUAAUGAAAGUACAGAAACUUUAUCAACACCUGAAUCACCUAGUAAUUACAACUUGAAACGUAAACGCAGUUUUUCUAAUUCUGCCCAAGAUCGUAAAUUACAGAAACUUUCAAGCAGUUUAGCAAAUGAUAUUGCACGUAGUCUAUCAGUAUCACUUGAUGAUGUUGAUAUGACUACAGCGCCUCCACCACCUCAUCCUUUUAAUUAUAAUAAACCUCUAAAUGAAGAAAAUCCUAUGCCAGCUUUACGUCGAAUAUCUAUGAGUGGAACUUUGAAUCCAACCACAGCAUCAUCCUUGGAACAAUGGUUAGAAUUACAAGCGCAAAAGAAUAAUAUACCAUUAAUCGAGUUUAAACAUUUGUUUAAUGAUAAACAAAAACAGCUUAGAAAAGAGCUGGAAUUACUGCAAAAACCAGAUCAAGAGUUUGAAUCAUUGCGUGACCAUUUAUCUAAAGUUUUAAGAAUAGCAAAUGAACUUAGUGGAGAUCAUACAUUACCAUUUAUUGAAAUUUUUCCGGAAUGGACCUUAUAUGAAAACAAAAUCAAUAAGCUUGCUUCUUAUGUUCAGUCAAUGGAAGAUAUGAGUUACUCAGUAAAUAGUACUAUACCUCAAUCAAAUGAUUUAUUGGAAGACAUAAAAAAGCUUCAAGGAUUACUAGAGAACAAAAUAGCACUUUAUGGUGAUGCGUUAAUACAGAAUGGGUUAGAAUGGAAAGCGAUGGGGAUGCCAGUCAAUGACUCAUUAUUGAUUGCAACAAAGGAAUGGCUACAUAAUCUUUGCACGGGUUUGUUAGAUGCAUUAGAUACUGAAUGUAAGAAAGCUCAAGAAUUAGCUAAUAAUAUGGAAGAGCUUAUUCAUUUACCUAUGGGUGAGAAUUUAAUGGCUUGUAUUUUAACAGGCCUUGAAUUUAUAGCAGAAGCAUCCUGUUUUAUUGGAUUUACUUCACAUAAACUUAUUUAUGACUGUUGUGUAUUAGCGGCGAUUUAUGAACAAUGGAUUUCUGAGAAUUUAGAACAUGUAACUGAUAAUUCAGAUAUGAUAAAAAAGUCCUCAAGUACGAAGAGAAUGGAUAUUCGUUUUAUGCAACUGAUGGAUAAUGCAACGCGUAUAUUGUCCUCUUUAUAUAUUCUAGAGGAAUUAGAAUUAAGACAUAAAGAUAUACUUCAUUUAGCAAGUUCUGUAGCUGCAGUUGAGAAUCUUACUUCAGUUUUAGUGGAAUUAGUAGUGAGAGCAAUUAGUAUAAUUGAAACCGAUAAAAAAAAUGCUAGUACAAAUAGUAAAGUAGCUGGAAAUAUCAUGACAAAUCCACAAACAACGUUCAUUUAUAUGGGUGAAUCUUUAUUAGCCUUUGCAGAUAAAAUUGUCUAUUUAGCAGGAAGAGAAUAUAAAGACGGUUAUCGAAUUCAGGUAGGUAGUAUAAUUUAUAAUUGAUUCAAACUUGGUGGAUUUUAUUAAUAACGUAAAUAGGCUUUGCAUACCUUUUUGGAAGACUUGGAAAACUCGCUUGAAUCUUCUUAAAUAUAUGUAAAAUAAUCCAUGUUUUGUAAAUUAUCUUUGUAAUAUAUUAGUAUAAUUUAUCCAAAUCUACUAUUCAGUUUAAACGUCACAUUAUGAUGUACAUCAUUUUUGACAUGUAUUUCUAGCGGCGGAUAUUAAAAUUUAAAAAGCAUUCAUAAUUUG